AUGGCACCGCACGCUCAUGUACCGGCGCCACGCAACACAAUAGAGACCUAUUCGGCACGACCAGAACGAGAGCCGCCUCGAAAUGAGAAGGGCGAGAUCAUCUGCCAACAUGAAGCCUGCCAAGGCAAAACGGAGACUUUCAGACGGCCUUGUGAAUGGAACAAACAUAUGGACAAACAUGAGCGACCGUAUAAGUGCAAUGAGCCAACUUGCGAGCAAAAUCCUGGCUUUACCUACUCUGGUGGUCUUUUGCGACACAUGCGAGAAGUACACAAGAAAGGCGUCGGUCCGACUAGAAAGCCACUUUAUUGUCCUCACGCGAACUGUAUCCGGAGCACCGGCGAGGGUUUCACACGAAGAGAGAACUUGGAGGAGCAUCUACGAAGAAGGCAUUCUUACACUGGUCACUAUUCGCCUCCCCCUCAAUCGAUUUCAUCUCAAAACGAAGACGGACAGGAUCAGCCACGCAAACGACGCAAGACUGCAGAGCCAGACUCGCCACUCGAUGGACAGCAAGUCCAACUUGAUCAGAACCAGAUCCAGCACCUCACCGAGUCGAGGCGCGAUUCUCAGACCCUUCGAACUGAUCCACAACUCCUAGCAGCAGACAGAAGCCACACUAAUGGCAACGAUGCAGACCUUGACCGAGCGGAAGCUAUUCGCCAAUUAGCUCUAGCUCGUCAAACGAUCACAGAUCAGCAGGAAAUUAUCAGACAGCAAGACUAUGAAUUGCAGCAUCUUCGUCUGGCGGUACAAAAUUCCGCACCCGGCGCACCAUACUCUACGAGAUCAUCAGAAAGAAGUCUGACAGCUCUUGCUGAUGCUCCUGGGGCUUUACCUGUUCAUCUCCCACAGCAUGAGCUCUACGAGGCUGUUCAAGCUAUUGCAGAUUCCCAGGCCAAUGGAAAUACACAUGUUUCAGGGCCUAUUGCCCAGGCGUUGCAGGCGAGUCAGGGCAUACAGACACUCGAGCAGCAAGCAAGAGACGAAGAAGGCAAUCCAGAAAAUGGUCAGGAUACUUCUGGGCGAAUUGAAAUUGGCAGAGAUCCUAUCGCCGAGAGGCAAGUAGCUGCAUAG